GGGGGCCAGGAAGGAGGCGGAAGAAGGUCCCGGGGGAGGAAGGGGCUGGGCGAAGGUGAAGGAAGGAUAGCCAAUCAGCUAGCGAGUUGUCUUUCGCGUUGGCCAAUGAAUUCAUGCCUCGCGCACAAUGUCUCGCGACAAGGGCGUUUCACUAGCAUGUUUGGGCGCGUUGGGCGGCGUCCGGGUAUAAAAGACUCCGCCCGAGCAGACAGCCGCCAUUCUGGGGUUCGUUUAGAGGUUUGAAUUUUCUCGGAGAAAGACAGGCCGGCCACGAGGAAAAAAACAAGCCGCAGCAACAUCUAAGCCCUUGAAAGGAUCCUGAGAGAGGGGGGAAAGGGAAAACCGCAGCCACCAGCCCAACCACUUGUGUCUUCUGCCCCUUCCCACCUAUCUUGCCCACCCCACCAGCCCACGCUGCAUGGGACUUGCAAUCUGUGGCCGAAGGACCGUCACCACAUAACUUCAAAAAUAAUCAACCACCCACCCUUCCCAAACCCACCCAAAUUCACUCAUCCAGCGUUUACUUUUUUGAAUCCACUCAGAACUUUUUUUCUACGACCCCCCCUCCCUAAAUGGAGUUGGGUGGGGGGAAAAUGAAUACUGAGUUGGCCUUCGUUUUUUUAAGAGACUUUUUGAUCCAAUGAGGCCCCCUAAAUAAUUGAGUUUUGGGUCUUGGUUGGUUGUUUUAUUUUUUUUCUCCAAAUUUGAGCCCCCUCCCCCCCUGAGCCCGAGGUGCUGACGUCGCAAAAAAAUUGGAUAAAACCUCGAUCAUGGGUUCGGGUCCCAUAGAUCCCAAAGAGCUUCUCAAGGGCCUGGAUAGCUUCCUUAACCGAGAUGGGGAAGUCAAGAGUGUGGAUGGCAUUUCCAAGAUCUUCAGUCUUAUGAAGGAAGCACGAAAGAUGGUGAGUCGAUGCACUUACUUGAACAUUCUCCUGCAGACCCAGUCACCAGAAAUAUUGGUCAAGUUUAUUGAUGUUGGUGGCUACAAGCUUCUUAACAAUUGGCUGACCUAUUCAAAGACAACCAACAACAUUCCCCUCUUGCAGCAAAUUCUGCUGACCCUGCAGCACCUACCACUCACUGUGGACCACCUCAAGCAGAACAACACCGCCAAACUGGUGAAGCAACUGAGCAAGUCAAGUGAGGAUGAAGAGCUCCGGAAAUUGGCUUCAGUCCUUGUCAGUGACUGGAUGGCUGUCAUCCGCUCCCAGAGCAGUACCCAGCCUGCUGAGAAAGAUAAAAAAAAACGUAAAGAAGAGGGGAAGAGUCGAACCACCCCUCCUGAGCGACCCUUGACUGAGGUGAAGGCUGAGACCCGGGCUGAGGAGGCCCCAGAGAAGAAGAAGGAGAAGCCCAAGUCUCUACGAACCACAGCACCCAGUCAUGCCAAGUUCCGUUCCACUGGGCUAGAGCUGGAGACCCCAUCUUUGGUGCCUGUGAAGAAGAAUGCCAGUGCAGUGGUGGUUUCUGACAAGUACAACCUUAAACCCAUCCCCCUCAAGCGUCAGAGCACCACAGUUGCUCCAGGAGAUGCUGCCCCCCCUGCAGAGAAGAAAUACAAGCCACUGAACACCACACCCAAUGCCACCAAAGAGAUCAAAGUGAAGAUCAUCCCACCACAGCCUAUGGAGGGCCUGGGCUUUCUGGAUGCGCUCAAUUCAGCCCCUGUUCCAGGCAUCAAAAUUAAGAAGAAGAAGAAGGUGUUGUCACCUACAGCUGCCAAGCCAAGCCCAUUUGAAGGGAAAACGAGCACAGAACCAAGCACAGCCAAGCCUUCUUCCCCAGAACCAGCACCUCCUUGUGAGCCUAUGGACACAGACCGCCCAGGAACCCCAGUUCCCCCUGUUGAAGUCCCAGAGCUCAUGGAUACAGCUUCUUUAGAGCCAGGAGCACUGGAUGCAAAGCCAGUGGAGAGUCCUGGAGAUCCUAGCCAGCUGACCCGGAAAGGCAGGAAGAGGAAGACUGUGACAUGGCCUGAGGAGGGCAAACUGAGAGAAUAUUUCUAUUUUGAACUGGAUGAAACUGAACGAGUAAAUGUGAAUAAGAUCAAGGACUUUGGUGAGGCAGCUAAACGAGAGAUACUGUCAGACCGACAUGCGUUUGAGACGGCCCGUCGUCUGAGCCAUGACAAUAUGGAGGAGAAGGUGCCCUGGGUGUGCCCGCGACCCCUGGUUCUACCCUCACCUCUUGUCACCCCUGGAAGCAAUAGCCAGGAGCGAUAUAUCCAGGCUGAGAGGGAGAAAGGAAUCCUUCAGGAGCUCUUCCUGAACAAGGAAAGUCCUCAUGAGCCUGAUCCUGAGCCCUAUGAUCCUGUACCCCCGAAGCUCAUCCCCCUAGAUGAGGAGUGUUCUAUGGAUGAGACCCCAUAUAUUGAGACCCUGGAACCCGGGGGAGCUGGUGGCUCACCUGAUGGGGCAGGUGGCUCCAAGUUGCCUCCUGUCCUAGCCAAUCUCAUGGGAAGCAUGGGUGCUGGAAAGAGCCCCCAGGGUCCUGGAGGAGGGGGCAUCAAUGUCCAAGAGAUCCUCACCUCCAUCAUGGGUAGCCCAAAUAGUCAUCCCUCAGAGGAACUGCUAAAGCAACCAGACUAUUCAGACAAGAUCAAGCAGAUGCUGGUGCCACAUGGAUUAUUAGGCCCUGGUCCAAUAGCCAAUGGUUUCCCACCAGGAGGCCCUGGUGGCCCCAAGGCCAUGCAGCACUUCCCCCCUGGACCUGGGGGACCUAUGCCAGGUCCUCAUGGAGGCCCCGGUGGGCCAGUGGGUCCACGUCUCUUGGGUCCCCCACCCCCUCCACGAGGGGGUGAUCCCUUCUGGGAUGGCCCGGGUGACCCCAUGCGGGGUGGCCCAAUGCGGGGGGGUCCAGGACCAGGUCCUGGACCGUACCAUAGAGGCCGUGGUGGCCGAGGAGGAAAUGAACCUCCUCCUCCUCCUCCCUUCCGAGGGGCCAGAGGAGGUCGCUCUGGAGGAGGACCCCCAAAUGGAAGAGGGGGCCCUGGUGGGGGCAUGGUUGGAGGUGGUGGGCAUCGUCCUCAUGAAGGCCCUGGUGGGGGCAUGAGCAGCAGCAGUGGCCAUCGUCCCCAUGAAGGCCCUGGCAGUGUCAUGGGUGGUGGGCAUCGCCCCCACGAAGGCCCUGGUGGUAGCAUGGGUGGAGGUGGGGGACAUCGUCCCCAUGAAGGCCCUGGCGGUGGCAUGGGCAGUGGCAGUGGACAUCGUCCCCAUGAAGGCCCUGGCAGUGGCAUGGGCGGAGGCAGUGGACAUCGUCCCCAUGAAGGCCCUGGUGGAGGCAUGGGUGCUGGUGGCGGACAUCGCCCCCAUGAAGGCCCUGGUGGGAGCAUGGGUGGAAGCAGUGGACAUCGCCCCCAUGAAGGUCCUGGACAUGGAGGGCCCCAUGGCCACCGGCCUCAUGAUGUCCCUGGUCACCGAGGCCAUGACCAUCGCGGGCCACCGCCUCAUGAGCACCGUGGCCAUGAUGGCCCUGGCCAUGGAGGAGGGGGCCACCGAGGGCAUGAUGGAGGCCACAGCCAUGGAGGAGACAUGUCAAACCGCCCUGUUUGCCGACAUUUCAUGAUGAAGGGCAACUGCCGCUAUGAGAACAACUGUGCCUUCUACCACCCGGGUGUCAACGGGCCCCCUCUGCCCUAGGGACCACCUCCUCUGCCCCACCCACACACACCCCUGUGGACUGCAGCCUUGCUCCUUCUACCCUGUUAUGGCUUCUGUGAGGCCCACUUUUCCCCUUUCCCCAGCUGAUGAGGAGCCGGCCCCCUCAGUUCCCACCUGCUUGGGUUUCUGGGGGUUUUCGAUCACUGGUGCGUAUUGAUGUACAUAUUUUCCUCCAGUCUGGGGAGGAGAGACUGGAUACAUUCUGUACCCUGGACUGCUGAAGAGAAGACCCAGUUGGCUUCAUUUUUUGAGGAGAUUUGCCCUAUAACCCCAAAUCCCUUUCCAGUAUUGCCCUUAAUGCCUGAGAACCUAAAGCUGGUUAUCCUGGAGAACACCUCUAACUCUCCUAUUGUGGGUCCUCCACAUGCACACAGAACUGACAUGGGAUCAGCUGCACUUAUGAAAUCAUCCCAGCCAAGUUCAUUAUUCCUCAUGGGGGUGGGGAGAUGGUAAAAGGGGUAUUAUAUAUCCCACUGCACUGAGAGGGCUCAAUUAGGCUGGAUUUGAGUUCUGGAAAAUAUCAUCCCCACUUCUGCCCUGACACAGGCUUUACAUUGAGUCCUUUCUCAAGACUUUGCAACCUUCUGUGAACACCCAAGUCUGCAUCAUGGGUCUGUUAGGUUCAGUGAUGGCCAAUUCACAUCUGCAUCCAGUGGAAGUUUUAGCUGGUAUAGGUAAGGCUGCUGGUGUUGGUCCACCCUUGCCUACAACUCAUUCUGGAAACUUUGUAAAACACUUCAGUGAGACCAGCUUUUCAUCAACUUGCCCAGCACGCUGGGCCUGACAGUCACACUACAUGCACUGCCUUCAGGAGUUGGCGCACUCUUUGCCCCCACCUGGAACCUUGUUGGUGUGAGGCCUCUGGCUCCCUUGCCCUGUCAGCCACCUCUGAAUCCCACCAGGUGCCUUCCUGGGUGGGUGCAACAAGCUGACUUGCCCUUCCCCAGCCCUCUCCUUCACAUGUCUCGGCAUCAGUUGUUUUCUGUGAAAACAGUGGAUUGGUUGGCUUUUGUGCAGGGUCUUGGGUUAGAGCCACAAUGGAUUUGAGGGAUGAGUAUUUUCUUUUUUUCUUUUGGUUUUGUAUAUUUUGUACAUUAAUAAUAAACAGUGGAAAGAGAAGCAGCUUAUUUAA